AUGGUAUACUUUGCACCACCACCAAUAACUGCAGAAGAAGUAGCUGGUGCUGAAGAGAUCAGACGAAAAGUAGCAAAUAUUCCAAAUGCAUUCAACACAAAUUAUUAUCUUGCGCGAUGGUGGCGUGCUUACAAUGGAGAUAUAAAUCGGAUUAAAAAAAAUAUGAAAGAUUUAUUCGAUCAUCGCCAAGUGCUUGGAUACGAUCAAAUCGAAACGGAUUUAUUGCAAACAAAAUUGGAAAUUGCUAAAAAAACUUUUGAACGUUUUUGCAUAUCAAAAAUAGCUUUGUAUAGAAGAGCUAAUAACGUAUGCGUUUUCGUGCAACGAAUGAUUGUAAACGAUAUGGAUGAAAUAGUCAAAGUAAUUCCGUUCAGUUAUGUAUUACAUUCUUACUUUAUUUUGCAAGAAGCAUUUACGAGAGCUCAGUUAGAAACUGAGAAGAUUACUGAUUCCCCCGCGGUCGUAGCUUCCAUUCUUGACCUCUCUGGUGUGAAUUUUACCAAUUUAUUAAAUCCAUUCAGUAUUUCCGCUCAAUUCGUGCGUCUGAUUGUUAAAGUAUGGGCUGAUUAUUUCAUCGAAGCGCAAGGCAAAUUGUUCCUCAUCAACUCACCAGUAUUAAUAAAUGUCUUGGGUCAAGUAGCUAAACUUCUAAUGGACAAAAGAACUCAAUCUCGAAUUCAGUUUCUGAAUCAUCCAAAUGAUUUGCUCAAAUAUCUCAACCCAACUGUUAGUAUCUUCAAAAUCAAAUCAAAGUAA